AUGGCCCAGUCACCUCCUCCUCCUCCUGAGAGCCUCCCGGGCCUCGACCACUGGGUCUUCUCCCAGGGCUGGGGCUGGGCCCAGCACUCGGACUCCACGUCCCCGGCCUCAUCCUCCGACUCAUCCGGAUCGUGUCCCUGCUACAUCACCCGCUGCCCCACGCAGUCCGCGGGGCUGGCCCGCAGCACCGGCAAAGCCCAGGCCGCCCCGACGGCGACCCCCCGACGUGCCCGGCCCGCGCCCGCGGGAGGCCAGCGGCAGAGCGCCAGCGAGCGCGAGAAGCUGCGUAUGCGCACGCUCGCCCGCGCGCUGCACGAGCUGCGCCGCUUCCUGCCGCCGUCCGUGGCGCCCGCCGGCCAGAGCCUGACCAAGAUCGAGACCCUGCGCCUGGCCAUCCGCUACAUCGGCCACCUGUCGGCCGUGCUGGGCCUCAGCGAGGACAGUCUGCAGAGCAGGCGCCGACGGAGCGCGGACACCGCGUCCUCUCACCGAUGCCCUCUGUGCCCCGACGGUGGUCCCUCGCAGGCUCCGAUGCUUGCCCCUGGCCUGGGAGCAGCCAUCAGUGGUGGGGUGUCCUGGGGGUCACCACCCGCUUGUCCGGGACCCCGAGUCUCACCUGAAAACCUUGGGAGCAGGAUCUCCAACGUGGAUCCUUGGGUGACACCUCCCUAUUGUCCCCAAAUACAGUCACCCUUGAACCAGUCCCUAGGGAGAGCCCCUGACACCUCUCACUGGACACCACCCCAAGCCUGUUCUGGCAUGCAGACAUCCCCAGAGCCUAGGAACAAGGCUGGACCCUGGUCACCAUCCUCUGCUCCUGCAGAGCUGACUGACGUGUACCAGAGUGUUACCGUGUCUCCAGAACCCUGCCUGUCCCUGGGAAGCCCACCCCUCCUGCCCGGCCCUUCAUGCCAGAGACUUCAGCCUCAACCUCAGUGGGGUUGCUGGGGCCACAAUGCCAAGGUUCUGUCCAGCUCUGAGGACCAGGGUUCCAGCCCUGCCUUCCAGCUCCCCGAGGCCAGCCCCAUCCCAAGCUCAGGCCUGCAGCUCAGUGGCUGUCCUGAACUUUGGCAGGAGGACCUGGGAGGACCCCCACUGAAUAUCUUCUACUAA